CCCUGCGGCUCGCAAAAUUUGGUGACUUUCGAUGACUUUUGAUGAUGACGGCGUCGUUCCCGGGCUAUACUGCCCCUCCUCGUCCAUUUGGUGACAUUUCUUCCCAUCAUGCAGCCACAAACGUCGCCGCGUGUGUACGAGUGCAGCCAGCCCACUCAGGUACGCCUGUGUGCGCGCAGCGACGACAUGGUGUGUGUUGUCUGUGGUUUGUUGUGGUCAGCAAUACGAGAUCCCAGAUGUGCCCGAGGAGGAGCCGCCUGCAAAUCCUAUGCUCUCCGCCCACGAUGUGGUGGCGAAACUGGUACGCACAGAUCAGACAGAUCAUACUUAUCAAACGCCCACCCAGACUGGUCCUUCUGCUGUGUGGUGUCAGGAGAAGCUUGACCUCAACGAUAGCUACGGCGCGUACGAGUGGCGUUCGAGCGUGCUUCACGAGGACCAGUCCGACGAGGCGGCCAUCGCCAUCGGACGGGCGGCGCAGUGCGACCUCCGCAUCAGCGACAACCGCGUGUCGGGUACGCCAAUAGGGGAGAGCAGUCACUGCUUGCACAACCGCAGUAGUGGAUGGAUGGAUGUGUGUGUGUGUGGUUUGGUUUGGUUUGGUUUGGUUGGUGCCAGGUUGCCAUGUGAGGAUUCGGUGGAAUAGGGGCCUGCGGCAGUUCCACAUAUGCGACUCCUCGUCCAACGGCACAUGUGUGUGACGUGAUGCGAGGAGGACUCUGCACCUGCACCCCACUCCCCUCACUCCACUCUGUAUACUGACUGAUUGGUCGGUCAGGGGUGGACAAUGGUCGGCAGUGUGAGUCUGGCGAGAGGUUUGUGAGGCUCCCGAAGGGCCAGUGGAUGCCGCUCAAACACAACCAGUGCAUCAGCCUCGUGGUAGGUGCUGGCUUGCCAUGCCGUCAAUACACACAUCCGUAUGUUGUGGCGUGGUGUGAUUUGGUGUGAUUUGGUGUGGUGUCUGUGCAGGUGCCCUUCCCUGAGUACGACCGGGGCGUCUGGGAUGCCGGUACACACACACACAGACACGCACACACGCGCAUUCACUUACGCGAAGCCUCUGUGGUGGAUGGAUGGGUGCAUUGGUGCUCGUGUGAUGUGGUGCUGUGGUGGCUGGUGUAGAGUGCAAGAUUCUGGAGGCAAAGAAGAAGGAGGACAAGAGCAUCAACAGGCGCGCCACUCCCUGUAAGCUCACCGGCCAGACAGACACACAGGCAGGCAGGCAGUCAGGCAGACAGGCAGCCGCGUAUGUAUGUGUGUGUGUGUGUGUGUGCCAAUGUAUACCACCCCAUCAGUCAUCGGCGCGUGGCAGUUUGUGCUCAAGGAGCAGUUGCAGGCCUACAGCUCCGCCAUGGGGGUAACUCACUCACCGAGGCCACGCCACACACCCACACCCACACCCACACCCACAGCCCAGUGUGUCUAUGCGCGGUGCGGAUACACUCAGGACAAGAUCAAUGACAAGUACGACAAGAAGUGUCCCAUCGGCAGCGGCAACUUCUCGCAGGUCUACCUCGCAUUCAGAAAGAAAGAUGGACUCAAGUACGCCCGCCACCUCUCACCUAACACACCCACACCGCACCCCCACACACACAGACACCCACCCAUGGUCUACCCGCCGCUUGUCUUGUGUGCAGGGUUGCCAUCAAGGCCAUCGACACGAAGCGCUUCGAAAAGUUCAGAGCCAAGAAGAAAUCCAACCUCGACAUAGAAUCGGAAGUGCUGGUAAGGCAGGCCCGGCCCACAAACGUACACUUCCUCACACCACACGGCUCCCUCCAUCCACCACCCAUUGAAUGUCUAAUGCAUCCAUCAGACGCUGUCGAGUCUGAAGCACGAGAACAUUCUCAAGUUCAUCGAGUGUGUGCGCGAGGAGGACAUUAUCUACCUCGUCACGGAAAUGUGCGUGCACACACGCAUGCAGCCAGACAGGCAGACAGCCAGCGCACAUACGUGACGCCUUGGUCUCGUGUGUCGUUUUGCUUUUGUGCUUGGCAGUCUUGACGGCGGCGACUUGUUGGAGUAUUGCCUAGCCCAUGAGCGUGUCGAGGUAAGAGACAGACAGGGAGGGAGGGAGGGAGGGAGGGAAGGAGGGAAAGGCGAGCGGCCGGCCAAUCAACCACGCCUCUCUCUCGCUGUGUGUGUGUGUGUGUGUGUGUGUGCAGGAGGAGCUGGCCAAGUUGUGGUUCAAAGGCAUCGCAGAGGGGGUCAAGUACCUCCACACCAAGGGCAUCGUCCACAGAGACCUCAAGGUCACCUCACCUCACCCACAGCACAGCACCGCACAGGACAGCAAGGACCACAGGACAGCAAGGACCGCUCUCUCUUCAAUCUGGCUGUCGUAUGCAUGUGUGUGUGUGUCAGCCCGAGAACAUUUUGUUGACGGACAAGACCAUCUUUGGCGUUCCCAAGAUUGCCGACUUCGGCCUGGCCACGUAAGCAACCCACGCCACCGAACCUAACCCAGAGGCGCACUGCACAGGAGGGGUGUGUGGUGUGUGUGUGCGUGCGGGUCAGGGUGAGGCAAGCCGAGUCGUCCUUGAAGACCCUCUGCGGCACGCCGCACUACUAUGGUACGUGUGUGGGGUGUGUGGGGGGUGUGGGGUGUGUGCGUAUGUGUAGGUUUGUGUGUGUCACCUCCUGUCUGUCUGAUGCGAUGCGACGCAGCCCCUGAGCUGAUUGACACGCAGAAGAAGAGGGUGGACGGCUACGGUCCUGAGGUGGACAUUUGGUCGCUGGGGUGCAUCCUCUACAUCAUGUAUGUGUGUCAGCACCGUCACUAGCACACACAGAGAGAGAGCCAGCUGUAUCCCCCUCUCUCUCUCUCUCUCUGUGUGUGUGUGUGUGUGUGUGUGUGCCAGGUUGUCGGGCAAUCCUCCUUUUGAGGACGAUGGCCUCUACUGGCAGAUCCAGAAUGCCAUAUACACCGUCGACGGUGGUGUAUGGGAUCACAUCUCAGAAGAAGGUCCGUUCGGGGUUUUGUUUUGUGGGUGGUGGGUGGCUGGGGAGAGGGCGACACUCACACACUGUGGGCCUCUGUCUGUCUGUGUGCAGGCAAGGACCUGGUGACCAAGAUGAUGUGCGUCGACCCCAAGCAGCGCAUCACCAUCGACGCCAUCCUCUCGCACCCCUGGGUCCUCUCAGCCACCGACGCCAUGAACCACCUCCUCAACCUGCGCCCACCACACACACACCCCUCCUACACCCGCCCCAACGACUAUGACCCCUUCCCCUCCCCCCGACCACCACAGCUUCAGCCCCCCGCCAAGCGUCCCGCCCCCGCACCACCAAACAAUGACAUGCCGCCCCCUCCAGUGCCCUUCGCACUACGAGCAGCGGCAGCAGCAGAUGGCGGCCGGACCGACAACACGGAGCGGGACGUGUCGACGGCCGAGUCGUCGGGCAAUGCCGGCAGGGCCAAGCGCCGCAAACAGGGGGAGAGUGAGGGCGCGUCAUCGGCGGCGGCUGCCGCUGCUGCUGCUGCUGGGGGUGGUGGUGGUGGUGGGGAGGGAGAGGGGCCAAACGAGAAGGCGUGAAGAGGGCUCUGUGUGUGGAGUGGGUGACGAGACAAGGCGCCGGUGGGUGUAUGUAUGGUUCAUGGGAGAGUUUUGUAUGUCUGCCUGUCUGCCUGCCUGCCUGCCUGCCUGGAUCGAUGCAUUUGUGAGUGGUGUGACUGCCGCGAGUGAGUGCCCUUUUUUUAUAUGCAUACGCGUAUCGAUCUGCCAUAUCAGACAGACUGAGGGAGGAGGCAAUGCUGUCGGGUUUUUCACACAUCAGUAUGGAGGGGAGGAGAGCCUCUGUGUGUAUGGGAUGGGAGGGAGGGAUGGGUGUGUGUGCUGUUUAUAGCGAGAGAGGGAGGGGAUAGCGCUCUGGCCUGUGAGAGGGCCGUGGACACACAAACAGACGGACAGACUUGAGACGAACGCAUCAGUCCUGAGCACCAUCCAAUUGCACACGUGGCCUUAUGGUCUGGUCAAAACGUUCUCGAAGGACGGCCCGUUAUUCGGCAGUGUCGCAGCAGUCGCAUACACCAUGACUCAUGUAGCGAGGGAAUCACAUACACACAGGCAGCGUCCUCACCGACGACUCGACACAAGCCCGCACACACGCACUGAGGCCAAACCGUCGGCAGGCAGACUGGACAACGAUACAGACCGUUUCCGAUAGUCACCCCACAACCAAACACGUACGUACUCUGCACA